CCUCAGCCAUGCCCCGCGCCGCGCUGCCCGUUCUCCUGCUGCCGCUGCUGGGUCUCGCCGUCGCGACCGCCGCGGACUGUCCUUCAUCCACCUGGAUUCAGUUCCAAGAUAGCUGUUACAUUUUUCUUCAAGAAGCCAUCAAAGUAGAAAGUAUAGAAGAUGUUAGAAAUCAGUGUACUGACCAUGGGGCAGACAUGAUAAGCAUACAUAAUGAAGAAGAAAAUACUUUCAUACUCAAUACUUUGAAAAAGCAAUGGAAAGGCCCAGAUGAUAUCCUACUAGGCAUGUUUUAUGACACAGAUGAUGAGAGUUUCAAGUGGUUUGAUAAAUCAAAUAUGACAUUUGUUAAGUGGACAGACCAAGAUGGUGAGACUCUAGUCGACACCUGUGCUUUUCUGCAAAUGAAGACAGGUGAAUGGAAAAAAGGAAACUGUGAACUUUCUUCCGUGGAAGGAACCCUUUGUAAAGCAGUCAUUCCAUAUCAAAAGAAAUAUUUAUCAGACAACCACAUUUUAAUAUCAGCUUUGGUGAUCGCUAGUACUUUAAUUUUGACAGUUUUGGGAGCAGUGAUUUGGUUCCUGCACAAAAGAGGUGCAGAUUCUGACUUCACCACAGUUUUUUCAGCUGCACCUCAGUCACCUUGUGAUGACAACUGUGUCUUGGUAGUUGCAGAAGAAAAUGAAUAUGCUGUUCAAUUUGACUAA